GUGUGUGUGUGUAUAUAUAUAUAUAUAUAGAUAUGUUCCAUCUUCCUUUCCUAACCAUAACCCAUCUUUCAUACUUUCCCCCACAAAUCCAUCACCAUCCAUGAUAGACAUGGACAGUAGCUGCAUCGACGUCGACGAGGUCCGCAGUGAGACAGAGAAGCGGCCGCCACCACCUCCGCCGCCGCCUCCGCCGCCCCAUCAUGGCGGUCAAAGGCUGCAGCGGGUGGGCAGCGGAGCCAGCGUGGUCCUCGACCCGGAGGUCAUCCUGGAGGCCGAGUCCCGGAAGCUGCCGUCCUCCAAGUACAAAGGCGUGGUGCCCCAGCCCAACGGCCGGUGGGGCGCCCAGAUCUACGAGAAGCACCAGCGCGUUUGGCUCGGCACCUUCAACGAGGAAGCCCAAGCCGCCCGCGCCUACGACGUCGCCGCCCAGCGCUUCCGCGGCCGCGACGCCGUCACCAACUUCAAGCCCCUCUCCGAGACCCUCGACGACGACGCGGCCGAGCUCUCGUUCCUCCGCUCCCACUCCAAGGCCGAGAUCGUCGACAUGCUCCGCAAGCACACCUACCAUGACGAGCUCCAGCAGGGCAAGCGCGCUUUCAGGGCCGCCAGGAGGAAUAUGCCAGCCGCCGCUGCCGCCGGAGGCCUUGGGCUUUCGCAGGCCCUCGGCGGAGCGCAGCGGGAGCACCUCUUCGACAAGGCCGUGACGCCGAGCGAUGUCGGCAAGCUGAACCGCCUGGUGAUACCGAAACAGCACGCCGAGAAGCACUUCCCUCUGCCGACGGGGAGCGCCACCGCCUGCAAAGGGGUGCUGCUGGGUUUCGAGGAUGCGUGCGGUAAGAUGUGGAGGUUCCGCUACUCGUACUGGAACAGUAGCCAGAGCUACGUCCUCACCAAGGGUUGGAGCCGGUUUGUGAAAGAGAAGAGACUCCAGGCUGGGGAUGUCGUCACCUUCCAGCGAUCGACCGGCCCGGAGAAGCGGUUCUUCAUCGAUUGGAAGCCUCGAGCCAUCGGCGGUCACGCCAAGGACGGAUUGUUUCAGGUGGUCAGGCUUUUUGGUGUGAACAUAGUCAAAGCUCCGGCGGUCGCGGUUGGUACUGGAGAUGGCUUGGAUCGAGGAGUUGGGGUGGUUGGUUGGAGCAAGAAGGGAGCUCGAGAUGUGGAUCAGUUCAUGCCAUCGCCGGGGUAUUUUAAGAAACAAAAGAUAGAAGAUUCGUAGCGCUCGCAUUUGUGUUGGACUUUUCUUUCUUUUUUAUCUUUCAUGUAAAUGUUUGUAUAAUGAGAGAUGGAAAAGUUGGAAUCUGAGUGGAAGGGAUGGAAUAUCAGGAAAGGAAAUUUGAGGAUUAGUAUCCAGAUGGCAAUGAGUUGUUGAUUAUAAAUUCCUUCGUCUUGGAACGGAGGAUUAAAAAUAGUUUAAAUUAUUUUCUGACUCAAA